AUGGUCCCAGUGCUCCUGAACAUACCUGUGGCCACAGUGUUUGUGCUGAGCUACAUGUGUGCCGUGCCGCUGCAGGGCCAGAAGCCGGCUCAAGUCGACCCCCUGACGGCGCACCGGUCGAACCUGCAGUGCUGGGACUCCUCCUCGGCUCUGCUGCUGGAGAUGCGCUCCCCGAGGAUCGCUGACACGGUGCACGGCUUCUGGGACAUGAUGGUGGUCCUCAGGUCGUCGGACAACAGCCAACACACGGCGCUGUUCUGGGACUUGGCCCGGGUCUUCUGGGACCUUUAUCUGGACUGCGUGCUGUCCAGGAGUCACGGCCUGGGGCGGAGACACAUCCCCGCUUUACACUCCCUCAUCACUGGCAAGUCCUUCAGAUUCAAAAGCUCAGGAGUGAACUCCCGGGCGUGGCUCAGUGUCAGAUUGAGACCCAGAGGACAUAUCAAGACCCUGAAGACCAAAUCCAAAUCAAACACACACUACCACAAAUAA